AUGUUCAAGAGAACGCCAGCUCACGAAGACUACCCCGCUUCCGAAGCCUACACUGGUCCAAUUGACGAAACAGCUCGUCAAGGUGAAGUCGAAGGACUGCCACUUGAGCAUCACGUCUCUGUGUACCACUCUGGCCGCAGUGACGUUGAGCCUCACAAACAUGAAGAACCAGUAGUCGAACUAGUCAAAGAGAAAUCAGACAAGAUCGGCAAAAUUGUUGGCAUGUUCAAGAGAACGCCAGCUCACGAUGACUACCCCGCUUCCGAAGCCUACACUGGUCCAAUUGACGAAACAGCUCGUCAAGGUGAAGUCGAAGGACUGCCACUUGAGCAUCACGUCUCUGUGUACCACUCUGGCCGCAGUGACGUUGAGCCUCACAAACAUGAAGAACCAGUAGUCGAACUAGUCAAAGAGAAAUCAGACAAGAUCGGCAAAAUUGUUGGCAUGUUCAAGAGAACGCCAGCUCACGAUGACUACCCCGCUUCCGAAGCCUACACUGGUCCAAUUGACGAAACAGCUCGUCAAGGUGAAGUCGAAGGACUGCCACUUGAGCAUCACGUCUCUGUGUACCACUCUGGCCGCAGUGACGUUGAGCCUCACAAACAUGAAGAACCAGUAGUCGAACUAGUCAAAGAGAAAUCAGACAAGAUCGGCAAAAUUGUUGGCAUGUUCAAGAGAACGCCAGCUCACGAAGACUACCCCGCUUCCGAAGCCUACACUGGUCCAAUUGACGAAACAGCUCGUCAAGGUGAAGUCGAAGGACUGCCACUUGAGCAUCACGUCUCUGUGUACCACUCUGGCCGCAGUGACGUUGAGCCUCACAAACAUGAAGAACCAGUAGCCGAACCAGUCAAAGAAAAGAGCGACACAAUUGGAAAAAUUGUUGGCAUGUUCAAGAGAACGCCAGCUCACGAAGACUACCCCGCUUCCGAAGCCUACACUGGUCCAAUUGACGAAACAGCUCGUCAAGGUGAAGUCGAAGGACUGCCACUUGAGCAUCACGUCUCUGUGUACCACUCUGGCCGCAGUGACGUUGAGCCUCACAAACAUGAAGAACCAGUAGCCGAACCAGUCAAAGAAAAGAGCGACACAAUUGGAAAAAUUGUUGGCAUGUUCAAGAGAACGCCAGCUCACGAAGACUACCCCGCUUCCGAAGCCUACACUGGUCCAAUUGACGAAACAGCUCGUCAAGGUGAAGUCGAAGGACUGCCACUUGAGCAUCACGUCUCUGUGUACCACUCUGGCCGCAGUGACGUUGAGCCUCACAAACAUGAAGAACCAGUAGCCGAACCAGUCAAAGAAAAGAGCGACACAAUUGGAAAAAUUGUUGGCAUGUUCAAGAGAACGCCAGCUCACGAAGACUACCCCGCUUCCGAAGCCUACACUGGUCCAAUUGACGAAACAGCUCGUCAAGGUGAAGUCGAAGGACUGCCACUUGAGCAUCACGUCUCUGUGUACCACUCUGGCCGCAGUGACGUUGAGCCUCACAAACAUGAAGAACCAGUAGUCGAACUAGUCAAAGAGAAAUCAGACAAGAUCGGCAAAAUUGUUGGCAUGUUCAAGAGAACGCCAGCUCACGAAGACUACCCCGCUUCCGAAGCCUACACUGGUCCAAUUGACGAAACAGCUCGUCAAGGUGAAGUCGAAGGACUGCCACUUGAGCAUCACGUCUCUGUGUACCACUCUGGCCGCAGUGACGUUGAGCCUCACAAACAUGAAGAACCAGUAGCCGAACCAGUCAAAGAAAAGAGCGACACAAUUGGAAAAAUUGUUGGCAUGUUCAAGAGAACGCCAGCUCACGAAGACUACCCCGCUUCCGAAGCCUACACUGGUCCAAUUGACGAAACAGCUCGUCAAGGUGAAGUCGAAGGACUGCCACUUGAGCAUCACGUCUCUGUGUACCACUCUGGCCGCAGUGACGUUGAGCCUCACAAACAUGAAGAACCAGUAGUCGAACCAGUCAAAGAGAAAUCAGACAAGAUCGCCAAAAUUGUUGGCAUGUUCAAGAGAACGCCAGCUCACGAAGACUACCCCGCUUCCGAAGCCUACACUGGUCCAAUUGACGAAACAGCUCGUCAAGGUGAAGUCGAAGGACUGCCACUUGAGCAUCACGUCUCUGUGUACCACUCUGGCCGCAGUGACGUUGAGCCUCACAAACAUGAAGAACCAGUAGCCGAACCAGUCAAAGAAAAGAGCGACACAAUUGGAAAAAUUGUUGGCAUGUUCAAGAGAACGCCAGCUCACGAUGACUACCCCGCUUCCGAAGCCUACACUGGUCCAAUUGACGAAACAGCUCGUCAAGGUGAAGUCGAAGGACUGCCACUUGAGCAUCACGUCUCUGUGUACCACUCUGGCCGCAGCGACGUCGAACCUCACAAACAUGAAGAACCAGUAGCCGAACCAGUCAAAGAAAAGAGCGACACAAUUGGAAAGAUUGUUGGCAUGUUCAAGAGAACGCCAGCUCACGAAGACUACCCCGCUUCCGAAGCCUACACUGGUCCAAUUGACGAAACAGCUCGUCAAGGUGAAGUCGAAGGACUGCCACUUGAGCAUCACGUCUCUGUGUACCACUCUGGCCGCAGUGACGUCGAACCUCACAAACAUGAAGAACCAGUAGCCGAACCAGUCAAAGAAAAGAGCGACACAAUUGGAAAGAUUGUUGGCAUGUUCAAGAGAACGCCAGCUCACGAAGACUACCCCGCUUCCGAAGCCUACACUGGUCCAAUUGACGAAACAGCUCGUCAAGGUGAAGUCGAAGGACUGCCACUUGAGCAUCACGUCUCUGUGUACCACUCUGGCCGCAGUGACGUCGUACCUCACAAACAUGAAGAACCAGUAGUCGAACCAGUCAAAGAAAAGAGCGACACAAUUGGAAAGAUUGUUGGCAUGUUCAAGAGAACGCCAGCUCACGAAGACUACCCCGCUUCCGAAGCCUACACUGGUCCAAUUGACGAAACAGCUCGUCAAGGUGAAGUCGAAGGACUGCCACUUGAGCAUCACGUCUCUGUGUACCACUCUGGCCGCAGUGACGUCGUACCUCACAAACAUGAAGAACCAGUAGUCGAACCAGUCAAAGAGAAAUCAGACAAGAUCGCCAAAAUUGUUGGCAUGUUCAAGAGAACGCCAGCUCACGAAGACUACCCCGCUUCCGAAGCCUACACUGGUCCAAUUGACGAAACAGCUCGUCAAGGUGAAGUCGAAGGACUGCCACUUGAGCAUCACGUCUCUGUGUACCACUCUGGCCGCAGUGACGUCGAACCUCACAAACAUGAAGAACCAGUAGCCGAACCAGUCAAAGAAAAGAGCGACACAAUUGGAAAAAUUGUUGGCAUGUUCAAGAGAACGCCAGCUCACGAUGACUACCCCGCUUCCGAAGCCUACACUGGUCCAAUUGACGAAACAGCUCGUCAAGGUGAAGUCGAAGGACUGCCACUUGAGCAUCACGUCUCUGUGUACCACUCUGGCCGCAGUGACGUUGAGCCUCACAAACAUGAAGAACCAGUAGUCGAACUAGUCAAAGAGAAAUCAGACAAGAUCGGCAAAAUUGUUGGCAUGUUCAAGAGAACGCCAGCUCACGAAGACUACCCCGCUUCCGAAGCCUACACUGGUCCAAUUGACGAAACAGCUCGUCAAGGUGAAGUCGAAGGACUGCCACUUGAGCAUCACGUCUCUGUGUACCACUCUGGCCGCAGUGACGUUGAGCCUCACAAACAUGAAGAACCAGUAGUCGAACUAGUCAAAGAGAAAUCAGACAAGAUCGGCAAAAUUGUUGGCAUGUUCAAGAGAACGCCAGCUCACGAAGACUACCCCGCUUCCGUAGCCUACACUGGUCCAAUUGACGAAACAGCUCGUCAAGGUGAAGUCGAAGGACUGCCAUUUGAGCAUCACGUCUCUGUGUACCACUCUGGCCGCAGUGACGUCGAACCUCACAAACAUGAAGAACCAGUAGCCGAACCAGUCAAAGAAAAGAGCGACACAAUUGGAAAAAUUGUUGGCAUGUUCAAGAGAACGCCAGCUCACGAUGACUACCCCGCUUCCGAAGCCUACACUGGUCCAAUUGACGAAACAGCUCGUCAAGGUGAAGUCGAAGGACUGCCACUUGAGCAUCACGUCUCUGUGUACCACUCUGGCCGCAGUGACGUCGUACCUCACAAACAUGAAGAACCAGUAGUCGAACCAGUCAAAGAGAAAUCAGACAAGAUCGACAAAAUUGUUGGCAUGUUCAAGAGAACGCCAGCUCACGAAGACUACCCCGCUUCCGAAGCCUACACUGGUCCAAUUGACGAAACAGCUCGUCAAGGUGAAGUCGAAGGACUGCCACUUGAGCAUCACGUCUCUGUGUACCACUCUGGCCGCAGUGACGUCGAACCUCACAAACAUGAAGAACCAGUAGCCGAACCAGUCAAAGAAAAAAGCGACACAAUUGGAAAGAUUGUUGGCAUGUUCAAGAGAACGCCAGCUCACGAAGACUACCCCGCUUCCGAAGCCUACACUGGUCCAAUUGACGAAACAGCUCGUCAAGGUGAAGUCGAAGGACUGCCACUUGAGCAUCACGUCUCUGUGUACCACUCUGGCCGCAGUGACGUCGAACCUCACAAACAUGAAGAACCAGUAGCCGAACCAGUCAAAGAAAAAAGCGACACAAUUGGAAAGAUUGUUGGCAUGUUCAAGAGAACGCCAGCUCACGAAGACUACCCCGCUUCCGAAGCCUACACUGGUCCAAUUGACGAAACAGCUCGUCAAGGUGAAGUCGAAGGACUGCCACUUGAGCAUCACGUCUCUGUGUACCACUCUGGCCGCAGUGACGUCGUACCUCACAAACAUGAAGAACCAGUAGUCGAACCAGUCAAAGAGAAAUCAGACAAGAUCGGCAAAAUUGUUGGCAUGUUCAAGAGAACGCCAGCUCACGAAGACUACCCCGCUUCCGAAGCCUACACUGGUCCAAUUGACGAAACAGCUCGUCAAGGUGAAGUCGAAGGACUGCCACUUGAGCAUCACGUCUCUGUGUACCACUCUGGCCGCAGUGACGUCGAACCUCACAAACAUGAAGAACCAGUAGUCGAACCAGUCAAAGAAAAAAGCGACACAAUUGGAAAGAUUGUUGGCAUGUUCAAGAGAACGCCAGCUCACGAAGACUACCCCGCUUCCGAAGCCUACACUGGUCCAAUUGACGAAACAGCUCGUCAAGGUGAAGUCGAAGGACUGCCACUUGAGCAUCACGUCUCUGUGUACCACUCUGGCCGCAGUGACGUCGUACCUCACAAACAUGAAGAACCAGUAGCCGAACCAGUCAAAGAAAAGAGCGACACAAUUGGAAAGAUUGUUGGCAUGUUCAAGAGAACGCCAGCUCACGAAGACUACCCCGCUUCCGUAGCCUACACUGGUCCAAUUGACGAAACAGCUCGUCAAGGUGAAGUCGAAGGACUGCCACUUGAGCAUCACGUCUCUGUGUACCACUCUGGCCGCAGUGACGUCGAACCUCACAAACAUGAAGAACCAGUAGCCGAACCAGUCAAAGAAAAGAGCGACACAAUUGGAAAAAUUGUUGGCAUGUUCAAGAGAACGCCAGCUCACGAUGACUACCCCGCUUCCGAAGCCUACACUGGUCCAAUUGACGAAACAGCUCGUCAAGGUGAAGUCGAAGGACUGCCACUUGAGAAUCACGUCUCUGUGUACCACUCUGGCCGCAGUGACGUUGAGCCUCACAAACAUGAAGAACCAGUAGUCGAACCAGUCAAAGAGAAAUCAGACAAGAUCGGCAAAAUUGUUGGCAUGUUCAAGAGAACGCCAGCUCACGAAGACUACCCCGCUUCCGUAGCCUACACUGGUCCAAUUGACGAAACAGCUCGUCAAGGUGAAGUCGAAGGACUGCCAUUUGAGCAUCACGUCUCUGUGUACCACUCUGGCCGCAGUGACGUCGAACCUCACAAACAUGAAGAACCAGUAGCCGAACCAGUCAAAGAAAAGAGCGACACAAUUGGAAAAAUUGUUGGCAUGUUCAAGAGAACGCCAGCUCACGAUGACUACCCCGCUUCCGAAGCCUACACUGGUCCAAUUGACGAAACAGCUCGUCAAGGUGAAGUCGAAGGACUGCCACUUGAGCAUCACGUCUCUGUGUACCACUCUGGCCGCAGUGACGUCGUACCUCACAAACAUGAAGAACCAGUAGUCGAACCAGUCAAAGAGAAAUCAGACAAGAUCGACAAAAUUGUUGGCAUGUUCAAGAGAACGCCAGCUCACGAAGACUACCCCGCUUCCGUAGCCUACACUGGUCCAAUUGACGAAACAGCUCGUCAAGGUGAAGUCGAAGGACUGCCACUUGAGCAUCACGUCUCUGUGUACCACUCUGGCCGCAGUGACGUCGUACCUCACAAACAUGAAGAACCAGUAGCCGAACCAGUCAAAGAAAAGAGCGACACAAUUGGAAAGAUUGUUGGCAUGUUCAAGAGAACGCCAGCUCACGAAGACUACCCCGCUUCCGUAGCCUACACUGGUCCAAUUGACGAAACAGCUCGUCAAGGUGAAGUCGAAGGACUGCCACUUGAGCAUCACGUCUCUGUGUACCACUCUGGCCGCAGUGACGUCGAACCUCACAAACAUGAAGAACCAGUAGCCGAACCAGUCAAAGAAAAGAGCGACACAAUUGGAAAAAUUGUUGGCAUGUUCAAGAGAACGCCAGCUCACGAUGACUACCCCGCUUCCGAAGCCUACACUGGUCCAAUUGACGAAACAGCUCGUCAAGGUGAAGUCGAAGGACUGCCAUUUGAGCAUCACGUCUCUGUGUACCACUCUGGCCGCAGUGACGUCGAACCUCACAAACAUGAAGAACCAGUAGCCGAACCAGUCAAAGAAAAGAGCGACACAAUUGGAAAAAUUGUUGGCAUGUUCAAGAGAACGCCAGCUCACGAUGACUACCCCGCUUCCGAAGCCUACACUGGUCCAAUUGACGAAACAGCUCGUCAAGGUGAAGUCGAAGGACUGCCACUUGAGAAUCACGUCUCUGUGUACCACUCUGGCCGCAGUGACGUUGAGCCUCACAAACAUGAAGAACCAGUAGUCGAACCAGUCAAAGAGAAAUCAGACAAGAUCGGCAAAAUUGUUGGCAUGUUCAAGAGAACGCCAGCUCACGAAGACUACCCCGCUUCCGUAGCCUACACUGGUCCAAUUGACGAAACAGCUCGUCAAGGUGAAGUCGAAGGACUGCCAUUUGAGCAUCACGUCUCUGUGUACCACUCUGGCCGCAGUGACGUCGAACCUCACAAACAUGAAGAACCAGUAGCCGAACCAGUCAAAGAAAAGAGCGACACAAUUGGAAAAAUUGUUGGCAUGUUCAAGAGAACGCCAGCUCACGAUGACUACCCCGCUUCCGAAGCCUACACUGGUCCAAUUGACGAAACAGCUCGUCAAGGUGAAGUCGAAGGACUGCCACUUGAGCAUCACGUCUCUGUGUACCACUCUGGCCGCAGUGACGUCGUACCUCACAAACAUGAAGAACCAGUAGUCGAACCAGUCAAAGAGAAAUCAGACAAGAUCGACAAAAUUGUUGGCAUGUUCAAGAGAACGCCAGCUCACGAAGACUACCCCGCUUCCGUAGCCUACACUGGUCCAAUUGACGAAACAGCUCGUCAAGGUGAAGUCGAAGGACUGCCACUUGAGCAUCACGUCUCUGUGUACCACUCUGGCCGCAGUGACGUCGAACCUCACAAACAUGAAGAACCAGUAGCCGAACCAGUCAAAGAAAAGAGCGACACAAUUGGAAAAAUUGUUGGCAUGUUCAAGAGAACGCCAGCUCACGAUGACUACCCCGCUUCCGAAGCCUACACUGGUCCAAUUGACGAAACAGCUCGUCAAGGUGAAGUCGAAGGACUGCCACUUGAGAAUCACGUCUCUGUGUACCACUCUGGCCGCAGUGACGUUGAGCCUCACAAACAUGAAGAACCAGUAGUCGAACCAGUCAAAGAGAAAUCAGACAAGAUCGGCAAAAUUGUUGGCAUGUUCAAGAGAACGCCAGCUCACGAAGACUACCCCGCUUCCGUAGCCUACACUGGUCCAAUUGACGAAACAGCUCGUCAAGGUGAAGUCGAAGGACUGCCAUUUGAGCAUCACGUCUCUGUGUACCACUCUGGCCGCAGUGACGUCGAACCUCACAAACAUGAAGAACCAGUAGCCGAACCAGUCAAAGAAAAGAGCGACACAAUUGGAAAAAUUGUUGGCAUGUUCAAGAGAACGCCAGCUCACGAUGACUACCCCGCUUCCGAAGCCUACACUGGUCCAAUUGACGAAACAGCUCGUCAAGGUGAAGUCGAAGGACUGCCACUUGAGCAUCACGUCUCUGUGUACCACUCUGGCCGCAGUGACGUCGUACCUCACAAACAUGAAGAACCAGUAGUCGAACCAGUCAAAGAGAAAUCAGACAAGAUCGACAAAAUUGUUGGCAUGUUCAAGAGAACGCCAGCUCACGAAGACUACCCCGCUUCCGUAGCCUACACUGGUCCAAUUGACGAAACAGCUCGUCAAGGUGAAGUCGAAGGACUGCCACUUGAGCAUCACGUCUCUGUGUACCACUCUGGCCGCAGUGACGUCGUACCUCACAAACAUGAAGAACCAGUAGCCGAACCAGUCAAAGAAAAGAGCGACACAAUUGGAAAGAUUGUUGGCAUGUUCAAGAGAACGCCAGCUCACGAAGACUACCCCGCUUCCGUAGCCUACACUGGUCCAAUUGACGAAACAGCUCGUCAAGGUGAAGUCGAAGGACUGCCACUUGAGCAUCACGUCUCUGUGUACCACUCUGGCCGCAGUGACGUCGAACCUCACAAACAUGAAGAACCAGUAGCCGAACCAGUCAAAGAAAAGAGCGACACAAUUGGAAAAAUUGUUGGCAUGUUCAAGAGAACGCCAGCUCACGAUGACUACCCCGCUUCCGAAGCCUACACUGGUCCAAUUGACGAAACAGCUCGUCAAGGUGAAGUCGAAGGACUGCCACUUGAGAAUCACGUCUCUGUGUACCACUCUGGCCGCAGUGACGUUGAGCCUCACAAACAUGAAGAACCAGUAGUCGAACCAGUCAAAGAGAAAUCAGACAAGAUCGGCAAAAUUGUUGGCAUGUUCAAGAGAACGCCAGCUCACGAAGACUACCCCGCUUCCGUAGCCUACACUGGUCCAAUUGACGAAACAGCUCGUCAAGGUGAAGUCGAAGGACUGCCAUUUGAGCAUCACGUCUCUGUGUACCACUCUGGCCGCAGUGACGUCGAACCUCACAAACAUGAAGAACCAGUAGCCGAACCAGUCAAAGAAAAGAGCGACACAAUUGGAAAAAUUGUUGGCAUGUUCAAGAGAACGCCAGCUCACGAUGACUACCCCGCUUCCGAAGCCUACACUGGUCCAAUUGACGAAACAGCUCGUCAAGGUGAAGUCGAAGGACUGCCACUUGAGAAUCACGUCUCUGUGUACCACUCUGGCCGCAGUGACGUUGAGCCUCACAAACAUGAAGAACCAGUAGUCGAACCAGUCAAAGAGAAAUCAGACAAGAUCGGCAAAAUUGUUGGCAUGUUCAAGAGAACGCCAGCUCACGAAGACUACCCCGCUUCCGUAGCCUACACUGGUCCAAUUGACGAAACAGCUCGUCAAGGUGAAGUCGAAGGACUGCCAUUUGAGCAUCACGUCUCUGUGUACCACUCUGGCCGCAGUGACGUCGAACCUCACAAACAUGAAGAACCAGUAGCCGAACCAGUCAAAGAAAAGAGCGACACAAUUGGAAAAAUUGUUGGCAUGUUCAAGAGAACGCCAGCUCACGAUGACUACCCCGCUUCCGAAGCCUACACUGGUCCAAUUGACGAAACAGCUCGUCAAGGUGAAGUCGAAGGACUGCCACUUGAGCAUCACGUCUCUGUGUACCACUCUGGCCGCAGUGACGUCGUACCUCACAAACAUGAAGAACCAGUAGUCGAACCAGUCAAAGAGAAAUCAGACAAGAUCGACAAAAUUGUUGGCAUGUUCAAGAGAACGCCAGCUCACGAAGACUACCCCGCUUCCGUAGCCUACACUGGUCCAAUUGACGAAACAGCUCGUCAAGGUGAAGUCGAAGGACUGCCACUUGAGCAUCACGUCUCUGUGUACCACUCUGGCCGCAGUGACGUCGUACCUCACAAACAUGAAGAACCAGUAGCCGAACCAGUCAAAGAAAAGAGCGACACAAUUGGAAAGAUUGUUGGCAUGUUCAAGAGAACGCCAGCUCACGAAGACUACCCCGCUUCCGUAGCCUACACUGGUCCAAUUGACGAAACAGCUCGUCAAGGUGAAGUCGAAGGACUGCCACUUGAGCAUCACGUCUCUGUGUACCACUCUGGCCGCAGUGACGUCGAACCUCACAAACAUGAAGAACCAGUAGCCGAACCAGUCAAAGAAAAGAGCGACACAAUUGGAAAAAUUGUUGGCAUGUUCAAGAGAACGCCAGCUCACGAUGACUACCCCGCUUCCGAAGCCUACACUGGUCCAAUUGACGAAACAGCUCGUCAAGGUGAAGUCGAAGGACUGCCACUUGAGCAUCACGUCUCUGUGUACCACUCUGGCCGCAGUGACGUCGUACCUCACAAACAUGAAGAACCAGUAGUCGAACCAGUCAAAGAGAAAUCAGACAAGAUCGACAAAAUUGUUGGCAUGUUCAAGAGAACGCCAGCUCACGAAGACUACCCCGCUUCCGAAGCCUACACUGGUCCAAUUGACGAAACAGCUCGUCAAGGUGAAGUCGAAGGACUGCCACUUGAGCAUCACGUCUCUGUGUACCACUCUGGCCGCAGUGACGUCGAACCUCACAAACAUGAAGAACCAGUAGCCGAACCAGUCAAAGAAAAAAGCGACACAAUUGGAAAGAUUGUUGGCAUGUUCAAGAGAACGCCAGCUCACGAAGACUACCCCGCUUCCGAAGCCUACACUGGUCCAAUUGACGAAACAGCUCGUCAAGGUGAAGUCGAAGGACUGCCACUUGAGCAUCACGUCUCUGUGUACCACUCUGGCCGCAGUGACGUCGAACCUCACAAACAUGAAGAACCAGUAGCCGAACCAGUCAAAGAAAAAAAGCGACACAAUUGGAAAGAUUGUUGGCAUGUUCAAGAGAACGCCAGCUCACGAAGACUACCCCGCUUCCGAAGCCUACACUGGUCCAAUUGA